CUCGUUUAUAAGGCACAUUACGGUGCAGUGGAGGCAUAUAUAAAGAUGUCAUCGGAUCGUGAUACACGAAAAAACGAUUAACUAUCAGGACAUAAGUUUAUCACAUUAGCAUCAUUUUACAAAGCUGAAGUAAUCUAAAUUCAAAUUGCAGCAAACUCCACGACACACGACUUUUUUAUAUUAAAUCUGACUGAAGGCGUAAUGGUGAAACGGACAUCGAGAAAGGCCUGGAAAUAAUCGUUAAUUUAUUGUCUUUGUGAUGACUUCAUGGAUUUUACUCAAGAGGACGUGUGAAGAUGUCAGGCCAGAGAGGGAAAACCAGAUUGGAGACGUCCAAUGCUCUUUUUGUCUGUUGGAUGAACAAAACGGGAUGCAAUUUUGAACAUUUGGGGGCAGUUUCCCGCACAGGGUUAAUCCUAGUCCCAGGCUAAAAUGCAUGUUUGAGCUGCCUUAAUUAAAAACAUCUUGCGCUGACUUAUCUUAACAUAUAUCAGUGCCAUUGGAUUAAUGGAUUAAUCUAAAAAACCCUGUCCGGGAAACCGCCCCUUGAUGUAAUAAUAACUCAAGAAAUCAGGAGAAGUCAUUUUUCUGUGAUCCGUAUAAAUGUUGGGGUAUCGUUUUAGGGUCUGUAAGGGACGUUUUGGGAAGCCAGUUGGAUUCACCCAUUAUUUCCUCAUGAUAGCCUUGUGUGUCUUUCUGCUUGUUUUCCUCUUCAUCGAUGUCAUGGAAUCAUGGGCGACAUAUUUGUACAUGAGCAGAGCAGAGGGUCCUCAAGGAUUGGUUCUUUCACAGAGUAUACCGCCCAGUCAUUCGGAAGAGUACCUUCUCAUGCCGAGCUCACGCGUCUGCCAACGAGCCAAACCUUACCUCAUCAUUUUGGUGGCGAGUGCCCCUGCCAACAGAAAGGCUCGCCAGGCCAUCCGUGACACCUGGGGUGGGGAAGUACAAGUCAGAGGUCAUCGAGUCAUGACCCUUUUCAUGUUAGGUCAGCCAUCUGACCCGGUUCUCGGCAAGGAAUUGAUUGAAGAGUCAAAGGAGCGUGGAGACCUGAUACAGGGUCGCUUUAUCGACUCCUAUGAAAACUUGACCCUAAAAAGUCUCAGCAUGCUGGGUUGGGCACGUCGUUUCUGCCCACAGGCCCCCUUCCUGGCUAAAGUGGAUGACGAUGUAUUGUUCAACCCGAGUGCAUUGCUACAGUAUCUUGACCUCAGCUUUAAAAUGACAGAGGAUAAACACGCAAACCUUUAUCUAGGCCGUGUGCACAUGCAGGUAGCACCGGACCGCAAUCCGGGCAGCAAGCACUUUAUGUCAGAGUCUGCGUUUAGCGGCACGGUUUUGCCAGAUUACUGUAGCGGGACGGCAUAUGUGCUAUCUCGCCCUGCAGUGCUAAAGCUGUCGCUAGCGGCUGUCGCGAUACCCUUGACCAAACCUUUGCUUCCAGAGGAUGUGUUUAUGGGUAUAUGUGCAUACAGAGCAGGCAUUACACCAACCCACUCCCCACUCUUCUCUGGAGGACCAGCUGUGCCAUACGGCCGUUGUUGCUACCAAACUAUGGUGUCUGUUCACCAUACCAGUCCGGGCAACAUGUUACACUACUGGACAGAGGUGCACUCCACACCCCUCUGUUCAUGGUUGGGUGUGAGGACCUCACUCAGCGUUUGUAAAAUCAGAGUGCUUUUUGGGACGCUGUUGAGAAAGAUGAGCAUAUGAUGAAGCUGAAAAUCCAAUUGGAAAGUGUAAUGUUGUGUAGAUUUUUUAAAUUCAAUUAUAAUACACUCCAGUUUAAUAGAGUUGAAAAAGCACAAAUUAAUAAUAGUCUUUUGUUUACAAAGACACAGUAUGCACUGCAAUUUUUUAUUGUAUGGUACUUGAGGUUUUUGCUCUUUGCUAUAGUCAGCGUGUGCCUUUUGUGAGUAAGUGCCCACUGAACUAUUGAAAAACAUCUUGCCCAAGCGUUAUCUGAGCCCUAGCUAUCAUGUUUGUCCUCUACCAGCAGCUACAUGUAGCAACACAUUUAAGUAAUGCAUACAGUAGAUACCUGUACUAUACAUACAGUAGUUCAUACCAGGAACAAUAAACAUAACAAAAUAACAACAUUGUUUCUUGUGAAAUACAUGACAUAUUGUCAACAUUGUGUGUUUUGUCAAUGAACAUGUGUCAUUGAGCGGCAGGCGGUGAAAACAAAAAAGAGAUGGAGAGAGACCUCCAUUGUCGCCAUCCACAUUAUUUAUCCGUAAUGACAUCACUGCUUUAAUGCAUUGAGAAUUCCCCCUCAAUACCACCUAGAAACUUUAAAAUAAAUAUAAAUACACAGCUACAUAACAAUCCACAAUUAUACUUUUAUACAAAAAGAAGAUGGCAUCCAACAGUAGGCCUUUGGGUCUGGCGGUUUUUUGUUUCAAAAUGAGACACAAAGCAUGGUCCUUCAAAUGUUUUAAUGUCUCAAGGGAUUUCGGAUGAAUUGGAACACAGACCAUGAGAUGGCUGAUUUCAAUGCCUCUGUUAAACACUUAAUUUUAAAUUCAUAACAAAAAGCAUCAAUUUGUCCCAUUCUUCUGUAAUGUCUGUCCACUAGAUGUUGGAUCAUAAAUACAGGAGGCAUCAAUUACAUCAGGUCCUGGUGUUGAGCAAUGAGAUCAGAAUCUCAAAAAAUUUGAUUCAUGUAAAUCUCAGGUUAAAUACGGUGUACCACAGGGAUCAGUUCUAGGCCCCAUCCACUUAUAACUUUACAUGUUUCCUCAAGUAGACAUUUUUAUUAUUGAUAUUAUGAAACAUAACAUCAGUUGUCAUUGUUAGGCUGAUGAUAUGCAGUCAUUAUCUUACAGAAUAUGAUCAGAAUUAUAUAGAAGUUUGGAUGACCAACAAUUUCUUUCUGCUUAAUUAUAAAAGACUUAAAUAGAUUUAAAUGAUGUAAUACAAUAUUUCUUGAGAUGGUUGCACUGUUGUUUUGUCUUCCACAGUAACCUGGCUAUAAUGUUAGAUCUGUCAUUUUUCCAGUGUAUGUCACCCAGCAUUCUUCCAUCUUAGAAAAAAAGGCACAUGCUUUCUGUUUCAGAUGCCAAGAAACUCAUUCAUACAUUUUUGACCUCAUGAAUUGAAUAUUGUUUUCUAUGGUUCUAUUUUUUUCUUCACUUUAUAAAUAAAACAUUGUUAAUUAA